GAGAAGAUUCCCCGGCCAUUAGUGACGGAUAGCAUCUGGGCUGAGAACUUCUUUUCCAGAGAUCAAGGACUCUCCUUCUUGGCUCAUACGUUUGACCAUCCUCUAAAAUCUUCUUCGUCUGAGUAAGAGAGAGGGAAAGAGAGAUGGCUGAGUCUCUGGUUUCCAAUGUCGUGUCUCAGCUUGCCAACCCUCUCAUCCAAGAAGCUGUUUUCUUGCGUGGGGUGAAGGAUCAAGUUGAAUGGGUCAGAAGAGAACUGCAACGAGUGAAAGGCUUCCUCAAAGAUGCCGAAUCCAGGAGGAAGGGAGACGAAAGAGUGGAGAAUUGGAUACGUGAGAUAAGAGAUGUGGCAUAUGAAGUGGAAGACAUCAUAGACAGGGUCAUGUUCAUGGCUGAGAGGCAGCGUCAGAGGAGAGACUUCAUGGGCACCAUUUCAAGGUACUCUCACAAACCUUGUGAAUUGAUUACCCUACAUAAAAUUGGUUCUGAAAUUGGAAAAAUAAAGGAAAAGAUCCAUGGUAUCUCUGAUAGCAGAGCCACAUAUGGCAUUGCUAAUCUAGGUGAAAGUAGUGCAGUGGAUGAAAGUUGGCAAUCACUCAGAGAAUCCUCUCCUCACUCUUAUGAUGACGACAUUGAUGUUAUAGGCUUCGAGAAUGAUAAGAAAAAAAUAGUGAGUCAAUUGCUUGAUCGGAAUAAGAAAGCACGAUGUGUAAUUUCUAUAGUGGGUAUGGGUGGGCUAGGCAAGACCACCCUGGCAAGAAAGGUGUAUAAUGACCCUGCAAUUAGAGAGCAUUUUAAUACCUUUGCUUGGGUUUCAGUUUCUCAGAGCUACCGAGGUAUCGAGCUAGCAAAGGACAUCAUGAAAAAAGUAAUGGGAAUCAAAAAGAAGGAAGAAACAACUGCAGGAAUUACACUAGAAGAAUUAGAGCAGAUGGGUGAAGAAGAAGUGAGAGAGAAGCUCCGUGAUUUCCUAAGGGACAGAAAGUAUUUGGUCGUGAUGGAUGAUGUAUGGAGUGUUGAUGUUUGGAGAGAAAUGCAGCGAGUCUUUCCUAAUGAGAACAAGGGCGGCAGAAUACUGCUUACAACACGUAACAUUGAGGUUGCAAGAGAUGCCGAGCCAUGGAUUCCUCCACAUGAACUGCACCUUUUAGACGCCACGGAGAGCUGGAAACUCUUUCGUAAGAAGGCAUUUCCACCAAAUCAAGAUGUCCCAACUGAGUUGGAGGCAUUGGCCCAGAAGCUUGCAAAGAAGUGUGGUGGACUUCCUCUUGCACUGGUGGUGUUGGGGGGCCUUCUGUCAAAGAAAGAUGGUAGCUAUCAUGAGUGGUCGAGAGUAGCUCAGAGCAUGAAUUGGGAAGAUAGUAGAGAUGGGAAGGAGUGCCUCACUAUAUUGGGUUUAAGUUACAAUGACUUGCCGUAUCCGUUAAAACCAUGUUUUCUAUACAUUGCUGCAUUUCCAGAGGACUCCAUUAUCUCUGCUUCCAAAUUAGUCAGGUUGUGGGUCGCCGAAGGAUUCAUCCCCCAAGAGCAGAGAAGGACAAUGGAAGAAACUGCUAGAGCUUGGUUGGAUAAUUUGGUCCAGAGGUGCAUGAUCCAGCUUGUCAAGAGAAGCAAGACUCAUGGAUGGGUCAAAUGCAUACGCAUCCAUGAUCUGUUACGUGACUUGGGCCAAUCGGAAGCCAGAAGGGAUGGAUUUUUUCUUCAAGUUCGCAGUAGCGACGUGGGAGUAUCUCAUGGUAUACUGAGUCAUCGUAGGGCUUUCCACAAUCAUAUGCAAGACGAGGCUGAUGUCUCCUCACCGCAUCUCCGCACUUUGCUGGGCUUCAGUUUAAUUUUGACUAAUGGGGGAAGAUUUUUGAAUGGGUUAAACUUAUUAAGGGUGCUGGAUCUGGAGGGUGCAGGAGCUUUGGAGGAGUUACCGAAACAGAUCGGCGGCAUGAUUCAUCUACGAUACCUAGGAUUGAGAAGAACUAGUUUGAAGAGACUGCCAUCCUCCAUCCGGCAUCUUCUGAAUCUACAGACUCUAGAUGUGAGAGACACAAACAUUGAUUGGCUUCCGAAAUCAUUUUGGAAAAUCCGGACGCUGAGGCAUGUCUAUAUUAAUACAUUGAUGUUUUUGAGCGCACCGAUAAAUGGUGAUCACAAGAACCUGCAGACUCUGCGAAUCAUGCGUCCUGGAAAAGAUACGAUUUCUAGGUUGUUGAUCGAAACAUGUGACGAAAUGCUUGGAAAGUCUCUCGGAAAAGCACUCGAGAAAACGGACAGUCUGUUCUCCUUCAGUCUGGUAAUUCCUAAUUUUAUCGAAAGGGACGUCUUUUUCGCUCAGGCACGAAAGCUGCACAAGCUCCGUUCAUUGAACCUGCGUGGAGGGUUGUUACAACGACAGCUCCCAGACAGCAGUCAAUUCCCGCCAAAUCUUACCAAGCUCGUAUUACUGCUCACUUAUUUGGAGCAAGACCCAAUGCCGGUGCUGGAAAAUCUACCAAACCUCAGGCUUCUCGCACUGAAUUGGCAAUCAUAUCUUGGGACGAGCAUGUCGUGUUCUUCUGGAGGCUUUCCUCUACUGCAACACUUGGUGUUAACCGAAAUGGGCAUUUUAGAGGCAUGGACAGUGGGAGUUGGGGCGAUGCCCAGACUCACCCACUUACUUAUCUGGCAAUGCCACAACUUGGAGAUGCUUCCUGAGGGAUUGCCACGCUUGACCACACUUCGAGAACUGAGGCUGGUUCAAAUGCCCCGUGAGUUCAAUAACAAGGUCAGAAAUGAGCUUCGACACAUCCCCUCUAUUAUUUUUGAACGUGAGCUGCAGUAACAUAAUAUCAGCAGUACCUAUUCUGAAUCAUGAAUCAUAUGGGGCUUGGGGAGCGCAUAGAUUUGCUUUGGAGUUCCUAAUAGAUAUAGUUUUCUUUAGUUAUUUAGUUGGAUUCUAUAUCUGUUGGCUUUAUAUUUGGUCUGGUUACCAAAUUAUGUGCUGGAACAUUGAGAGUCUCUAUUAUCUUGGGAUUAUUGUUGUUGAGGAUAAAUUAGUAUUUGCAUUUUUCAUUACCUUAUUUUUGCAAGAUUGAUUGAGUUUUGCUUUUAAA